GACGGUUCCCUAGCAACAUUUUAACAAGUCAAAACAUGGCGAGAAAGAAGCCGGCUAAAGACAAGUCCGAGAAGACCGCUGAUGGCGAAGAGUCAGCGUCAGGACAAACAGGAGCAGCUCCAGACGAACCGACAGCCACUCGAACGUUUGACGACUAUGAGUGCUCUGGCAAUGUGAUGACAGACUUUCCUGGGCUUUGUGCUCUUUUGGAUAUGAAAGAUAUACCAGCUGUCAAGACCAAACCCGGCUCAGCAAACCAAGAAAGCACGACAGGUGGCAGGCAGUCCCACAAAAAGUCUGUACCUGAAGUUUUCAAGCCAUUCAUCCAAGUGCAGUUGGAGAAUGGAGACCCUUAUUGCACAUCAAGCUUGAAGAUCUUUGGAUGGACAGUAGAUGAACCCAUCAUCCGAGUGCUGUGCAAGAUGAUUUCUUCGAUGUCUAUGCUUAACAGCAUUUGUUUCUGGCAAGCUGGAUUGACGGAUUCAAUGGUCAUCAACCUCGGAAAUGCAAUAUGUUUUUGUAACAGCCUUAGGGUUAUUACACUAGAGGGCAAUCCUCUCUUAGAUCAUAACCACCACCUUCUUUUUUCAGAAGGAAAUGCCCUCACUCACUUGAACCUGCGCAACAACCAAAUCGAAGAUGAAGGCGCCCGUCUUCUCGGGGCAGGUCUUUCCACCAGCAAAUCUGCAAACCGCAACCUCAUCUCACUAAACCUCUCGUUCAACCAUAUCGGCGAUGUAGGUGCCGGACAUAUCGCAAAGGGCCUUCGGUUCAAUCGGACUUUGCUUUUCCUCUCAUUAUCCAACAAUCACAUUGGAGAUUCGGGAGCGACACAGUUGGCCACGGUUUUUGGUGAGGUUGUCCUUACUCAUGAAGAAAUUGUGCAAAGGAGGAAAUUGCUUCUAGAGAAAAUGCAUUCUAUUACAGAUCCCGCUGGCGUAGUGCAGCAGUAUAAAGAUGCUCCCUCCAGUGGCAUUAAUGGUAAAGGCAUCAUGAGGGAAACGCGCCCCAUUUGUAAAAGAACCCAAAAAGGAAUUCUGAGGAGACUAAAAUGCUAUUGUUCCUCAUCUCCAGUUGAUGCUGAGCAUGUUGCCAAGCUGUCCAACGACCAACUCCCAUCUGUAGCCAGCAAUGCUACUAGCAACUCAAACAGAGGGGAGAACAAAAGCACUGCUAAAAAACGGGAAACGUCUAAACCAGAUGGAAAACGGGCGCCAACAAAAGACCAAAAAUGUCUUAAGAAAGCUGAAGGUCAAGACAUGGAGGAAAAAACCCAUGUGUUUGACCAGGAGGUACCAAGAACAUACAGUAUAACGAAAAUGAAUAAAAAGCCACUGGAGAUGGUGAGCCCUCUCCUGAACGAGUCCACGCGGCAGAGGGAUGGAGAGCUUGUCCAGCCUGGAAACACCACUCUGGUUUCCCUCAGCUUGGCAGGAAACAGGAUAACGGAGGUAUCACUACCUCAGUUCCUGACAUCCUUGCAGAUGCAGGAAGGAGGAAAAGGUCUGCUGCGUCUCUGUCUACAGAGAAACCACUUUGCUUUAGAGUGUGAGCCCUAUAUAAAAUUAAAGGAACUGAUGACACUCAGGGACCCUUUGAACAAAAAAACUGAAGAGGAGCCUGAAGAAGAAGCCGAGGGUUCACAAUCUUCAGACAGUUAAAGACUGCAAACAAGCAAGAAAGCAACUAUUCCUCUCUGUCGCUCUCUUCUUGUUUAUUUUUUGUAUUAUUGUAUUUUUGUUUUUGUAUUGUACAAAAGGAGUAGAAUAUUUUCACUUAUGACUACUGAUUUUAAUGAUGUUGUGUAUUAUAAUAGUUACUUAUUCCGAGUUAUUUACUGUAUCAUAUAUAGCUUACUUAUGUGAAUAAGUAUUUUUAAUGAGUUCCACUCAUAUCUGAGUCCAGUAAUGUUUGAAAUAUUCCCCCUUUUCCAAACCUGAUACUGUUUUAUGAAACCGCAGUUAUGUAACAUACUUUUGCGUUAUCAUGCAGUCCUGAUUUUGUAUAUUUUUUUCUUUUAAAAGAAAAUUUCUGUACAAAUGUAUU